AUGGCUACACUAUCAAGAAAUUUGAAGACAGCGAUUCACUUUGGUGACGUUAAGGAAGUGAAAAAACUGUUAAAAUCGUCAGUGAAAAAACCAUUAAGCGACAAUCCUCUGAUUUGUGGAGGUUAUAAUUUAUUGAAACUUGCAAUUGGACUCAGGAAAAAAGAUAUCGCAAAGUUGUUGAUCAAGAAAGGUGCAAGAGUGAAUAAAAAACAUCGUGAUGGUUCGUUUUCUCCCUUACACUUUGCGGUCCGCCAAAGAUACUCUGAUCUCGUGGAAGAGUUAGUUAAAAAGGGUGCUGAACCAAAUGAUUUUGCUCAUAACAACAUCACUCCGUUGUACUUGACCAUAGGAUUUCUUCCUGAUUUUCACAACCAAUUUCCGACUGUGAAAAUAAUGAAGUGUCUAUUAAAUUAUGGUGCGGAUCCAAAUCUUAAAUUUAAGCGACCCGAUCAAAAUGGAUUUACUUCUUUAUAUGUAUCUUGCCAUGUUGAAAGUAACCAACAUGUCAAGUUACUUUUGAAGAACAAUGUCGACGUUAAUGCAAGAAACGGCUCCAAUGGUGUCAUUCCAAUCAGUUUGGCUGUGGUAAGCGACUCAGAAGAAUCGGUCAAAUUGACCUCGUCACUUUUGGAGUACGGUGCCAAACCGAACUUCAUAAUAAGUACUGGAUUCAUUGAAAGUUCAAUUGAUGAUGGACCAAUAAAGGAAAGGAUCAAGUCUUUUGGUAAUCCAACACCAUUGCAUGCUACAAUAGCCAACCAAGAUGUUGAAAAAAUUGAGCUAUUGAUCAACUACGGAGCUGACAUUAAUUAUAGGACUGAAUCAUUUAAGAGGACUCCAUUGAUGUUGGCUAUUGAAGAGUACAAUCCUGCAAUAGUUGAACUGCUACUCAGGAAAGGUGCUAGAGUUGAUGUCUCCGAUGAAGCCGGUAUGUCACCAUUGCAUUACAUCAUAAGCAAUCCAAAAAACUCCAAUAGUCCAUUUAGUCUCGACAUGCUGGAAGAGUUUGAAGUUGAAAAAUUGACGAUACUUGAACUUCUCAUAAGAUUUGGGGUGAAUCUUGAUCAGACAUCAUUUCUGACGCUCGCUGCUGCUCACGGACAUCGAAAAAUUAUUGAACGUGUUCUACUUCGUGAUGUAGAUCUUCGGCGAGUUGAUUAUACCAUCCUACAAGCAGCUAAAUUAAAUUUAAGCUUGCUUUCAGAAGAUCAAAUUAGUGAUCAGCGAUUCAUGGAGAGAAUUUUUGAUGUUUUUAAAAAAACAGAACUUUGUUUAAUACGCGCCAUCCUCCGAAGACAUUACACUUGUAGACCAGUGGAAGGUGACAUCUUGUCGAGGGUUCGCUCGACACCAGUUAAUGACUUUUGGGAUCGUAAGAAUUACAUCGCUUCUGUUCAAGCUGUUGAAUUUCGUAUAUUACAACGUCUUCAAAAAAUGAAAGAAGAUAAAAUAGGUGAUCGUAAUAUUACAGUUUGGCAUUUGUUAACUUCUUCUCAGGAUCGAUUAACCAACCAUGUCUCCCAUCAAGACGUGAGAAGCGUUAAUAUUGAUCAAUAUCGUGAUCAAUAUCAUCCAUACAUCAAUAAAAUAAAAAAUCGAUUCAACGCUGCUCUGGAGAGAAGAAGAUUACUGGACACGUCUAGAGAAAUUCUUUUUAACGUGUUCCAAAAUUUGCCAAUUGAGUGUUGUGAUAAAGUUUUAACUUACCUUCAUCAUGAACAUUUAAGUGUAAUAAACAGUCAGUUUAAUUACAUUAUUGAUAAUAAUAAUUAG